GGAGUCCAUGUUGCACCGAGGGGGAGCGGCGGAGUCCCCCGGCCUCAUGGAGGGUCUCCCUGCGGCUGAGUGAGAAUCGAUCCGUGUGACUGAGGGUCAUUUCUCACUCAUCCAGCUGCUGAACAUCUGCUUCUCCUCUGGUGCUCACUCAGAGCCGGACACGGUGGACAGGACCGUGUUUCCUGUUUGUUCACAUCGCACUUCCGAGCCUUAGCUAGCCCGACAGAGCGAGCUAAGCUAUCGGCCUGUUGGUUAGCCAUUAGCUUCAGUUCAUUAAUCACUAUAUGUCGUGUCGUUAUGUCUGUGCUGUCAGUUGUUAAACAGCCAUGAGAUUAACCGUCUGUUGACAGCAGGGCGCGACUCGACGAACCAGCUCGGCUAACAACAAAGCUAAAGCUAGCACGCGUGACUGCUAGCUUUAGCGUUUAGCCGUCCAUGUGCGUGCGGGAGCAGCGAUGCGGUGCGUGCGGAGGCUGCGGGGAUUCACAUUGACACUGAUCCACGUCUCCGCGGUGCUCCUGGUGUGGACCGGGGCUCCGCGGGCCGGGGAGGCGUGUGCUGCCGCGGAGGAGCAGCGGGGAACCAGCGCCGACGCCCUCCUGCUGUGCCGGGCGUGCGGACACGAGCUGGCGACCGGGGCGGACAUUCGCUCGGUCCCCAGCCGACUGGCGCUGUCCUCCCGCAACCACACGCUGCCCGGGGGCCGGCGGGUCAACGUGCAAUUGUUCGAGAACCCCCACGGGCUCCGCUUCGAGGUGUUCACCUUCAGGAAGGCGGAUGUGGCUCAGCACUGGCCGGCGGACAAACACUUCACCUGGUUCCCCGGGUUUUCGUGGACCGCGGCCACCUGUCCCCGGUGUCGGACCCAUCUAGGAUGGGCCUUCCAGCCGAGCGUCUGGCCCGACACCAUCACAAAGUCUCAAUUUGAGGACUCGGAUCAAACCUUUGUGGCUUUAAUCACCCACCGACUGCUCAGUGAGGACUUUGCUUCCAGCCUGCUGAUGACUCCCAAAUCCUUCACCAGCUGAUGGACUCUUUGACUGUUUAGUUAACCCUGGUGCCUUUUCUGUGACCUUUCACUUAAAUAAAUGUCUAUAUAUAAUGCCUCCGGUUUGAAGACUCCCACACGUGUGUACACAGUAAGUUUUAUUAUUGUAACAAAGCAAGUUGUACACCUCAAAUUUAAAACAGUUUAUUUCCCCCCCCCCCGGCGGAAAAGGAAAGGGUGAUUAUAUGUAAAUUCUUUGAGAUAACAGUUUGUUUUAAACCCAUGAAGCAGUGGGGGCCAAAAUUUACAAGCUUGUUUUUUUCCAUUUUGUUCUUUAUUAAAAAUGUCAUUUCAAAUCUCAUGGAUAUCUGUAAAACAAUACAAUGAAAACAAAGAAAAAAAAAAGUCCCAUAGAAAUGAUGUCAAAAUAACCACUCUCCCCAUAACCAACAUACUCCUGCCCCUCCCCAGCUUACCCCACCCCCCGCCCCCUAAACAUUACAAGUCAAAAGGAAUGAGCUGGUACUUGUUAACCACAUAGGGGAAAAAAAUAACAGUUUAAGGGACUGACGCCCCAACUAAAAAAAUAAAAAACAUGGGAAAAAAUAUCGAGGUCUGCUAGCGCUAGGUCACUACACCAUGGCUUUAGUCAAUUUACCACACAACCUUAAACAGAAGGAAUUCUGUGUGAAGUAUUUUCAAAUUCUACUCAGGAUGCCGUGCUGAUACUAUUGCAAUACUUUAUUAUCAUUUUUUUUAGAUGACUGUGGGGAUGGUACUCAUAUUUCAGGGCAAAGUGCCAUUGGCCUUAAGAUGAGUCAAAGGAGAACAUAACAUGGCACCGACAGGUGAAGAGGCUUCAGAAUGGAAAAAGAAGCACA